GUAUGCAUGUGUUUUGUUUUCUGUGUAGUUCGAGGUCAAUUUAUCUUUUCCAUUAUAGCAACAUUUGUAUUUGUGUGUUUGAGAGAAUUAAAAUUAUGGACUAUAGCCUGAAAGAUGUUGAUAUUAUUGAGAACUGUUCUCUUCCUUGCACUAAUUUGAUGGGAUAUAAGCAUGUACUUGUUGAUGGGGGCAACUUGGGUUCCAGGAGACGCUCUUGUUCUCACUGGCCUAACAUUACAGAUUUUUGGGUACAUAGAGACCCAAAAUAUGGAUGCAUCUGGGAAAAUAGGGGAAACAAUCAUUGCUUGAAAGCCAACUUUCGAUUGAUUGUGCUAGAGUAACCAUGUGUGUAUUCGUAGGAUCUCUGCUUCCACGGAUGGCCGCUCUAUCCACUGGGACAAAGUGGAGUAAUAUCGUGGCUUUAUUGAUAAGCAUAUCCCCUCAUAUUUCUAUAGAAGUUUAUCUCAUUCAUAAUCCUCAAAAUGUACGACAUCUGGAAACAGAAAGAGUGUGGUUGUUCGUUGGAUCAGGUGGGCUCCUGUUAUUAUCAAUUACAGGUUUGAUGGUCCUUCUGGGCUGCGUAGUUAUUGCUGGUAAAUGCAUUUCUGAAAAUAUCAGUCGCACGAUUCUACAUUCUCUCGCUAACAAUAAACUGGAGAAUGAAGACAAUGAAAAGAUUUUUGAAUAUAAGAUACUUCAGACAUGGUGGGUAACCCGAGUUUGCCAACCGGAAUAUGUGAUAGAGGUGUCAACGUUCGGCACACAACGGGAGGCAUUGCGACAUGUUGUGUUGCACUUUUAUUGCACGGUGCUUUUCUCUACUUUCAGCUACAAAAUACUAUAUUUGGGUCCACAGUUUAUGAUCUCAUGGGCAUGAAAAGCAAACAGCCGCUGCUUUGAAAAUAUAAAGAGCAGCAUAAAAAGCGCUUAUGAUACAGGCAAAGGCUGCAAAACAUUGAUUAAUGUAAUGGGAAUUAAUUAUUCAGAAGGAAAUUUUGUAGAUCAACUCAAGCAUUUUGUAGAUCAAAGGCCAGCGUUCCAGGAAAUGUUAAACUAUUUCCCAGGUGUGAAUGUACGAACGUGGCGGAUGACAGCUCUGUAAAGAUGAUAACUGAAGUAGGCGACUCAUUUUCUGCGGAUGAUGAGCAGAG